AUGUGCGAGCAUUUGGCUUUCAGCUCUGUCAGCUUCCGUGCUCGCGUGCCGCUUCGCUACUUGCCUGCCAUGACCUGGGUCUACAACUUCGGUGCUGGCAAUGCGGAUGGCAGGGCCGAGAUGAAGAACCUUCUGGGCGGCAAGGGCGCCAAUCUCGCCGAGAUGGCCUCCAUUGGGCUUCCGGUUCCGCCUGGCUUCACCCUGACCACGGAGGUCUGCACGCACUACUACCAGAAUGGCUGUCAGUAUCCUGCACAACUCAAGGAGCAGGUGUCGAAGGCAUUAGCUCUGGUUGAGACAAGGACCGGGCGGAAAUUCGGGGACGCCACGAAUCCCUUGCUGGUUUCGGUCCGCUCGGGUGCUCGGGCCUCCAUGCCUGGCAUGAUGGACACCGUGCUUAACCUCGGCCUGAACAACACGACUGCGGAGGCGCUGGCCAAGCAGUCGGGAGACCGGCGCUUUGCAUUCGACAGCUACCGGCGCUUCGUCCAGAUGUACUCAGAUGUGGUGCUGGGUAUCGAGCUCGGCAAUUUUGAGAAGCUACUGGAGAGGGCCAAGGCCAAGCGAGGCGUGAAGCAAGAUCACGAGCUCCUGCCAGAAGACCUGGAGCAGUUGGUGAAAGACUACAAGGCCUGUGUCUACUUGGAGCUCGGGGAGGAGUUCCCCGAGGAGCCGCAUCAGCAACUCUGGGGUGCCGUGGGUGCCGUCUUUGGUUCCUGGAUGAACCAGAGGGCCAAGACCUACCGGAAGCUGCACGACAUCCCCGAGGAGUGGGGCACGGCUGUGAACGUUCAGGCGAUGGUCUUUGGCAACAUGGGCAACGACUGCGCCACGGGAGUCGCCUUCACGCGCAACCCCUCCAACGGUGCCAAGGAUUUCUAUGGAGAGUUCCUGGUGAAUGCCCAGGGCGAGGAUGUCGUGGCGGGCAUCCGGACGCCCCAGGAGCUGACGAUCAAGGCUCGCAAGUCGCACGGCAGCGACUUGCCAUCGCUGGAGGAGGUGAUGCCGAGCAUUUUCCAAGAGUUGGAGACAGUUCGCCACCAGCUGGAGAACCAUUACACGGACAUGCAGGACAUCGAGUUCACCAUCCAGCAAGGCAAGCUGUACAUGCUCCAGACCCGCACGGGCAAGCGGACGGCCCACGCAGCCUUGCAGAUUGCGGUGGACAUGGCCUCCGAAGGGCUGAUCAGCAAAUCGCAGGCUCUCAUGCGCCUGAAGCCCGAUCUGAUCGACCAGCUUCUUCACCCCACGCUGGACCCCAAGGCCAAGAAGACGGUCAUUGCCAAGGGCCUGCCAGCCUCGCCAGGGGCGGCUGCCGGCAAGGUGGUUUUCACGGCCGACGAGGCUGUGACUCGCUCGGAGAACGGAGAGAAGGUGAUCUUGGUGCGAGUCGAAACUAGCCCAGACGACAUCCAUGGACUGCAUGCGGCAGAGGGCGUUUUGACAACUCGCGGCGGCAUGACCAGCCACGCAGCCGUGGUGGCGCGCGGCAUGGGCAGACCUUGCGUGGCAGGCGCUGGGGAGGUGAAGGUCAACUACGCCUCGGCCUCCUUCGAGGUGGGCGACGUGGUCGUCAAGGAGGGCCAGCUGGUCACCAUUGACGGCGUCACGGGAGAGGUGAUGCUUGGAGAGGUCCCCACGGUGCCGCCGCAGCUUUCCGGCUCCUUCGGCACCAUCAUGGCCUGGGCAGACGAGUUCCGCACAAUGCAGGUCAGGGCCAAUGCCGAAACGCCGACAGACGCGCGGCAGGCCAAGGAGUUCGGGUGCGAAGGGAUUGGCCUGGUGCGCACGGAGCACAUGUUCUUCGAGGGGGGCCGGAUCGUGGCCAUGCGGCAGAUGAUCUUGGCCGCGGAUAAGGCGGAGCGACAGUCGGCCUUGAACAAGCUCCUGGCGAUGCAGCGCGAAGACAUCACCGAGCUCUUCAAGAUUAUGGACGGCCUUCCAGUGACAGUCCGUUUGCUGGACCCUCCCUUGCAUGAGUUCAUCCCGCACACCGAAGCCGAGAUGGGCCUUGUGGCAAAAGCAGCCGGAGUGCCUUUGGAUCGCGUGCGCCGGCGCGCGAGCGAGCUGCAAGAGGCCAACCCCAUGCUCGGGCACAGAGGUUGCCGCCUGGCCAUCACUUAUCCGGAGAUCUGCGAAAUGCAAGCUCGGGCCAUCUUCGAGGCGGCCGCGGAGGUCGGGCGCAGCGCCAAGAAGACCCCGGUGGCCGAGGUCAUGGUGCCCCUGGUUUCGACUCUGGAGGAGCUGGUGCAACUGAAGAAGGUCAUCGAAGACACGGCCAAGCAGGUGCAGAAGGAGCAGGGCGUGAACUUCAGGUAUCACGUCGGCACCAUGGUGGAGCUGCCCCGCGCAGCACUGCAGGCUGGUAAAUUGGCAGAGCAAGCGGAGUUCUUCAGCUUUGGCACCAAUGAUCUGACCCAGACUACGUACGGCUUGAGUCGUGAUGAUGCCGGGUCCUUCUUGCCUGAGUACAAAGCGAAAGGCAUCGUGGAAACGGACCCUUUCGUGAGCCUGGACCAGGAGGGCGUUGGCGAGCUGAUCAAGAUUGCAGUGGAGCGGGGCCGCGGAAAGCGCGCUGGCAUGAAGAUGGGCAUCUGCGGCGAGCACGGCGGUGACCCAGCUUCCAUUGAGUUCUGCGAGAAGACGGGCUUGGACUACGUCUCUUGCUCGCCCUUCCGUGUGCCCAUUGCCCGCCUCGCUGCCGCACAGGCUGCCUUGAAAUCUCAGGGCGAGAAGGCUCUCCAAGCUUCCACGAAGGCUGCCAAGCCCAGGCAGCAACAGUUUGGCCCCUGGUGA